CCAUCGAGGCGGCGGGCCAGAGCGGCGGCGGUGGGCGGAGUUCCGCCGCGAUGGCGGCCAUGGCAGCGGAGGAGGAGGAGUACGAGGCGGUGCUGUGCAUGAAGCCGGCGGUGCACGUCUACCGGGUGCCGCCGCGGGCCUCCAACCGCGGCUACAGAGCUGCAGAGUGGCAGCUGGACCAGCCAGCAUGGAGCGGCAGGCUGCGGAUCACGGCCAAGGGCAAGACCGCGUUCAUUAAGCUGGAGGACAAGACCUCAGGAGAACUUUUUGCCCAGGCGCCGGUGGAGCAGUUCCCUGGCAUCGCUGUGGAGGGUGUGACGGACUCCAGCAGAUACUUCGUCAUCCGCAUCGAAGACGGGAACGGGCGCCGAGCUUUCAUUGGAGUCGGUUUUGUCGACCGAGGGGAUGCUUUUGACUUCAAUGUGGCUCUCCAAGACCAUUUUAAAUGGGUUAGGCAGCAGAGCGAGCUGGCCAGACAGGCUGAGAACCCCAAUCAGGGACCCAAACUGGAUCUGGGCUUCAAGGAGGGGCAAACCAUCAAGCUCAACAUUGCGAAUAUGAAGAAAAAAGAAGGAACAACGGGGAACACCAGACCACGUCCCACAAGUCUUGGGGGCCUGAGUUUGCUCCCACCACCUCCCGGUGGAAAAAAUUCUGCUCCGGUUUGUCCUGGAGAGCGACCGUCUUCGCUCUCGGUGCCCACCCAGCUCCCAGGCACCCCCAUCACAGACUCCCUCUUGUCCUGGCCGCAGCCUGCUGCUGCUCCCUCUGCCGCUGCCACCGACGUCUGGGGAGACUUUGCCAAAGCUUCGGGAUCAGCUUCUACCCAGACUCAGGCGAAUGCCGGCUGGGUUCAGUUCUGAUCCCGGCCCCUCGUCCGCUCCUCGGGAUUCCUUCGGGACCAAAGCAGGGAGAUUCGGGAACACCCUGUUCCUGCCCUCAGUUUAAAUCGAUUAUCGAAAUAAAUUUCGAUAAUAAAUGAAAUUUAAUUAUCGAAAUGUUGAAAUAAGUGCCGGAAAGCAAAUGAACACGUGCCUUAAAACACUCCACGCCAGCACCCUCCGUGUCGAGGAAGGGCUUUUAUUUUCUACCUGGAUCGCAGGAAACUGCUCAGGCUUCUUUCUGCAAAAAAAAAAAAAAAAAAAAAAAAAAAAGCUGUCGGCUUCGUCGCCUCUCCUUAAUAACGAGAGGGUGAGCGAUUGCUCGGAGCAGGAGGCCUCUCGCUCACCCAGUUAAGAUAGUUUUCGCUAAAGGUUUAUGUGAUAGAGCUUCCUCAGAGACUUUUCCUUUUUUUCCUCGUGUAUUUGGGCUGGAUAAAUCCUUCCCUCGGUGCGGAGCAUCCUCCUGGAGACAUCUCGCCUGCGAAAUCCAGACGAACGCCCUGCCAAGAUGCCGAGCGCCCCCCUGAUUUUUAUUCUGAGUGGGAGGUGGGGAGCCGGACCGCUGUGUUUUGAUGCUGAAAUUCCUAAUUUCUUGCUCCGAGAAGAUUAUUUUUCUUCCCCCCCCCUCCUAUUUUGAAGACAGAUUAUUUUUUUGUUUUUUACUUCUUUCUGCAGAUGUUUUAUUAAGCGAUAUAUGCAAUGAAGGACAGAAUGGAGUCGGUCUCUUUGACAGAGCUGGGGUUGAGAUUCCUCUUUAAACAAAUAAAUAUUUUCUUACCUAUUUAUAUUAAGGCUUUUCAGCGUACAAAGUCCUGCUUAUUUUUUUUCCUUUUGGUGCCUCAGAUUUUUACUAUUUCCAACUGGAUGACGAGCAUUUUGAUUUCAGAGCUUAAUUUUGCCUCGCGCAAACCCAGGUGAGAGAUGUAAAGCUUCAAAGCGAAUAAUAAAAUGUUUUUGAUGCCAA